ACAUGUUAGAUUUCGUUCAUAAUAGUGUUUUAUUAUUCGUUAAAUAUGAAUCGAAGUGCCAAAGAUAAGUAAAGUGAAAGACAUUUCAUUUAAUAAACGACAACAUGGAAAUAGCUGGUACAAAAGUGAUACAAUGGUUCAACGAACUCAGAUCCCGGUUUCAUCUUUAUCUAUACGCUCAAAAUCUUGGUCCUGUAAGGGCGGAAAAUGGUGGGUCCCAAGGUGACGAUCAACGGUCUUCACAUCAACACGAUAGCAGUGAAGAAAGAGUAGUUUUUAUAAAUGCUCCUCAUCAACCAGCGAAAUAUAGAAACAAUCAUAUUACAACUGCGAAGUACUCAUGUCUUUCGUUUAUACCUAUGUUUCUUUUUGAACAAUUUCGUCGAUAUAGUAAUUGUUUCUUCUUAUUCAUCGCUCUCAUGCAGCAAAUACCGGAUGUAUCACCUACCGGUCGAUAUACAACUUUGGUUCCAUUAAUUUUUAUUCUUAGUGUAUCUGCAUUAAAGGAAAUAGUCGAAGAUAUUAAAAGGCAUAGGGCAGAUGAUGAAAUUAACAUGCGUGAAGUAGAAGUUUUAAGAGAUGGUCAUUGGCAAUGGAUACAAUGGAGGAAAAUUACUGUUGGUGAUGUGGUUAAGGUCCGCAACAACAAUUUUUUUCCUGCUGACUUGAUCUUAUUAUCAUCAUCGGAGCCACAGAGUAUGUCUUUCAUAGAGACUGCCAAUUUGGAUGGAGAGACCAAUUUGAAAAUACGACAGGCCCAUCCUGACACUGCCAGUCUCUUAGAUACUGCUGAAUUAAUGAAUUUUCGUGCAAAUAUUCAAUGUGAACCACCAAACAGACAUUUGUAUGAAUUUAAUGGAGUAUUGCGAGAAUCUAAUAAACAAUCUGUACCUUUGGGACCUGAUCAAGUAUUGCUUCGUGGUGCAAUGCUAAGAAAUACACGUUGGGUAUUUGGUGUAGUAAUUUACACAGGCCAUGAUACAAAACUAAUGCAAAAUAAUACUACAACUGCACCUUUAAAAAGAUCUACUUUAGAUCGAUUGACCAAUACACAAAUACUCAUGUUAUUCUUUAUACUUCUUUUGCUGUGCCUUCUAUCUUCAAUAUUUAACAUUCUUUGGACUAAAGCUAAUAGUGAUGGAUUAUGGUAUUUAGGUUUAAAUGAGGAAAUGACUAAAAAUUUUGCUUUUAAUCUUUUAACAUUUAUUAUUUUAUUUAAUAAUUUAAUACCUAUUUCAUUGCAAGUUACAUUGGAAGUAGUGAGAUAUAUUCAAGCUACAUUUAUUAACAUGGAUAUAGAAAUGUAUCAUGCAGAUACAGAUACACCAGCAAUGGCACGUACAAGUAAUCUUAAUGAAGAACUUGGUAUGGUUAAUUAUGUUUUUACUGAUAAAACUGGAACUCUUACAAAAAAUGUAAUGGAGUUUAAACGAUGUUCAAUUGGUGGCAAAAUAUAUGAUUUACCAAAUCCAAAUUUAAAUGGUGACGAAGAUGGUAUUAGCAUCAAUACCGAAUUAAUUAAAGAUAUUAUUGAAGGAAGAUCAAUACAAGAUCUUUCUCGUCCGGUUGAUAAAAAGGCUGCAAAUCAUGCAAAAGUAGUACAUGAAUUUAUGAUUAUGCUUUCUGUCUGUCAUACUGUUAUUCCCGAGAAAAUUGAUGAAACUAUUAUUUAUCAUGCUGCAUCUCCAGAUGAAAGAGCGCUGGUAGAUGGAGCACGUAAAUUUAACUAUAUAUUUGAUACUCGAACACCUGCUUAUGUGGAAAUAGUAACUUUGGGUGAAAGAUUUCGUUAUGAAAUAUUAAAUGUAAUAGAAUUUACCUCAGCUAGAAAAAGAAUGUCAGUAAUUGUGAAAACACCAGAAGGAAAAAUCAAACUUUUUUGUAAAGGAGCUGAUUCUGUUAUUUAUGAAAGAUUGUGCCCAAUUUCUUUAGAGAAUAGUGAUCCUGAACAAAAUAGUUUGGAUGAUUUCCGAGAUAUAACUUUAGAACAUUUGGAAGCAUUUGCAUCUGAAGGUUUAAGAACACUUUGUUUUGCUGUUGCAGAUAUACCUGACAAUUUUUAUCAGUGGUGGCGUGAAACUUAUCAUAAUGCAAUAAUUAGUAUAGGAAAUCGUGAAAAUAUGAUCGAAAAUGCCGCAAAUCUUAUUGAAACAAAAUUAAGAUUAUUAGGCGCAACUGCUAUUGAAGAUCAAUUACAAGAUCAGGUACCAGAAACAAUACAGGCUCUUUUACAGGCUGACAUUAAUGUAUGGGUAUUGACUGGUGAUAAACAAGAAACUGCUAUAAAUAUUGGCUAUUCUUGUAGAUUAAUUACACAUGGAAUGCCAUUGUACAUAAUUAAUGAAUCGUCUUUAGAUAAAACAAGAGAAAUUAUAAUACAGCGUUGUCUUGAUUUUGGAAUUGAUUUAAAGUGUCAAAAUGAUGUAGCUCUUAUCAUAGAUGGAAAUACAUUAGAAUAUGCAUUAUCCUGUGAUAUUAGAAUGGAUUUUCUAGAUUUAUGUUCAUCUUGCAAAGUUGUUAUUUGUUGUAGAGUUUCACCAAUGCAGAAAGCUGAGGUGGUAGAUUUGAUUACAAGUAAUAAAAAAGCUGUAACACUUGCGAUUGGAGAUGGUGCAAAUGAUGUAGCAAUGAUCCAGAAAGCUCAUAUUGGUGUUGGUAUUUCUGGUGUUGAAGGUCUUCAAGCAGCUUGUGCUUCGGAUUAUUCUAUUGCACAAUUUCGUUUUCUAAAACGCUUAUUAUUUGUUCAUGGAUCAUGGAAUUAUAGUAGGAUGUGUAAACUUAUACUUUACUCAUUUUACAAAAAUAUUUGUCUUUAUGUCAUUGAAUUAUGGUUUGCUAUUUAUUCUGGCUGGAGUGGUCAAAUUCUUUUUGAGCGAUGGUCGAUUGGUCUUUACAAUGUUGUAUUUACAGCAGCACCUCCAUUAGCUAUGGGACUUUUUGAUAAAGUAUGUUCUGCGGAAACUCAUUUAAGUCAUCCAGCAUUAUAUGCCACAAAAAAUACUGGAGAAUCAUCGUUUAAUAUUAAAGUAUUUUGGAUAUGGAUUGCAAAUGCUUUAAUACAUUCAUCUCUUCUUUAUUGGUUAUCAUUAUUGGCUCUAAAAGAAGGAAUAGUAUGGGCAAAUGGCCGAGAUGGUGGUUAUAUUGUUUUAGGAAAUUUUGUAUACACAUAUGUUGUAGUAACGGUGUGUGGAAAAGCAGGAUUAAUAAUUAACUCUUGGACAUGGGUCACUCAUUGUGCAAUGUGGGGCUCUAUUAUGCUUUGGUUUUUAUUUAUUUUAAUAUAUAGUAAUUUUUGGCCUAUUCUAAAUGUGGGUGCAGUAAUGUUAGGCAACGAUAGAAUGUUGUUUUCUUCACCUGUAUUCUGGCUGGGUUUGGUACUUAUACCAUCAGCAGUACUACUUAUGGAUAUUACAGUUAAGGCAGUCAAAAAUACAGUUUGGAAAUCCGUAACUGCGGCAGCUAGAGAAAAUGAGAUUCGGAAAUCUGACCCCGGAGAUGUAUUCAAUAGUCACGACUAUAGAAGCUCAUUGACGGAGACGGCGCGGCUACUGAAAAACGUAAAAAGUGUUUUCACCAGGCGAUCAAACGCCGCUUCCAGAGUUAAUGUCGAAGUGGAACUAUCACAUGGAUUUGCAUUCUCUCAAGAGGAAGGAGGCUCGGUGACUCAGACGGAUGUGAUCAGAGCUUACGAUACAAAUCUUCCGAAACCUGGCGGCAUGUGAUCUUAAUUCUACUAGCUAGAAAUAGUACACAGAUGUAUAUUCUAUAUAUAGAUUUUUUUUCGACUGAUAAAACAAAAAAAAAAAAAAAAAAAAUUAAAAAAAAAUGAGAGAAAGAGAAGAAGAGAAAAGUUUUCCUAGGAAUUCGAUACUCGCCAAGCCCUACGUAACGCCUGUCUGAAUAACUUUGUUUCACGACUGAUUCAACAUCUCGAUUUUUCUUUCCUUGAAACAAGGAAAAUCUUACGGUUCUUAACGAUGGGCCUUGUAACAAAGAGUAUUAGAAAGACUAUCAAAGGACAAUUCUAAGGAGAAAUAUUCCUUUUUUUCAAUCAUUAAGAUCACUUGCAAAUAAAAAUAAAAAAGAUACUAAUAAAUAUAUCCUAGAACAGCGGUUCUCAACUGUUUCAUAAAUUCUAAAAUCAAUUUAAAAACUUUAUCAAGGUAUAUAAAUUUAAGAUAGGAGACUAAAAUUAUAAAA